ACAGUCCCCUGUGGAGCCUACUGAUCUGCUCACAUUCACACCUCAAAAAGGUAACAGAGCAACAUCGUGGGAAAACUGGAGGCACACGCUUGUGAUACAGGUCGUCGUUCAUUGACCAGCACCAUGAUAAGGCAUGAUCUGGAUAUGACCGAGGUGGUCAACCGCAAGAGACCAAAGUCUGUUCUGGAUGUGAGGUUUCUGAAUCACCAGGAGGACAUUAUUCUUCAACACAAACUGACCCUGAUGGACAUGAGGCACAGGUACACCCUCAGAGUUCUGUGUCAGGAUAGAAUCUCACUGAUGAUGGAACACAGGAAACUACUACUUCUCAAAGUCUGCGAACCUUGUGCCACUAUCAACAAAACCAUGAAAGAGAUAUCCGAAACUAAAAAGGCAAGGAUGGAUCGUGCCGUCUCUGCCUCUGACAACAGACGGGUGAAAUCCAGUAAAUCCCUUUCCAUCGACAGAGGGAAACUAGUCUCAUGUUGGCAGACAUCAAACAGUAAUGUCAUUGUAGAGAAACCUAGAAUGGUUGGGGUUGAGGCUAGAGGAACAUCAAUGCUGAGCUUGAGAUCUCAGUCAGCACAGCCCAAAACUGUACACACUGCCAAUCACAGAGAGACAGAGACAGGACACUCUGCCAAGCACAGAGAGCCACAAGCAAGGGCAGGGCACUCUGCCAAGCACAGAGAGACAGAGACAGGACACUCUGCCAAGCACAGAGCGACACAAGCAAGGGCAGGACACUCUGCCAAGCACAGAGAAACAGAGGCAGGACACUCUGCCAAGCACAGAGAAACAGAGGUGGGACACUCUGCCAAGCACAGAAAGACACAAGCAAGGGCAGGACACUCUGCCAAGCACAGAGAAACAGAGGCAGGGCACUCUGCCAAGCACAGAGAAACAGAGGCAGGACACUCUGCCAAGCACAGAGAAACAGAGGUGGGACACUCUGCCAAGCACAGAGAGACAGAGGCAGGACACUCUGCCAAGCACAGAGAAACAGAGGUAGGGGCAGGGGUGUUUUCUAUCAUGCAGCUGAGGCAAAUAUCCACUAUCGACUGUAUCUCAGAAAAGGAGCUGGCCAGCCAACAGCAACAUGCUAGAGGAGAGAAGGAGAGACUCAAACAAUGUCAGCAGGAUAUGCUAAGCCAGAAAAUCAUCAACUUUCUGAAAAAACUUGACAACACUUGUAAUGAGCAGAUAGAAACAUGACAGAGGUAUUGCUUUCACCGGUUAUACCACUUUUUUUUUGAGAAACCUGAUCUUCAUAUCGUGUUUCAUGUAGACUAUUCUGUUUCC